UCGGUUGCUUAUUUCGUAAUAAAGAAACCAGCAAAAUGAAUGCACAUUUCAUUUACUUAAUUUUACUUAUUUUCACUAUUGAUCACGGUGUUUGUUCGCAAAAAUAUGCGUACAUCGGUGAAUGUGAUUGUGAAAGGCCCGAACCAUACAAAUAUCGUUUAACCUUCAUUUGCGUUGUAAAUUAUGUGGAAACGAACUAUUUUUCCGAAAGUAGUCUGUGUGGUUGCCGAAAUAAUUCCAUUUUAUUUUUACAAGAAUUUAUCGGCGAAAUAGAAUUCAAAAAUUGCGUUCUCUCACAAAUCCCAAACAAUUUUGGCAACAAGCUCACCGAAGUUCCAGCGAAUUUAUUACAAGGAGCAGUCAAUUUAGAAACAUUGGAUUUUUCAUGCAAUAAAAUCAAUAAUUUUGACCCUGACACUUUUUCCGCUGAGAAUAGCCUGAAAAUUUUAUAUUUGUCGCAUAAUAAUAUCAGCGAAUUGCCCGUCAACACAUUUAAAAAACUCAUCAAAUUGGAAUCGUUAGAUCUAGCCCAUAACAGUAUUGAUGCAUUGCCAGUUGAUAUAUUUGAAAAACUCAUCAAGGUGCAAAAGUUGGACUUAUCACACAACAAACUAAGUGAAAUACCAUCGUUCUUGUGCCACAAUAUGGAAAAACUGAACGAAGUCGAUUUUUCGAACAACAAAUUGAUGAGAAUUGAUCACUUUGUGUUUUCUGGUGCGCUGAGCCUACAAAAAGUGGUGUUUGCAAACAAUCAACUAACAUCUUUGAAUCGGCAGAUAUUUGAUGCACAUUCAAAUGUGACAUAUUUGGAUAUUUCUGAAAAUCAGAUAAAAAUGAAUGCUUUGGCAAACACUUUGUCCAACUUAGAAAAUUUAUUGCAUUUCAACGCAUCAGGCAAUCCGAUCAAAAAUGUGAGCAACAAAACAUUUGCGAAAAAUUUAAAACUUGAGACUCUGUCACUGUCACACUGCGGCCUAACACAAAUUAAACCGGGCACAUUUUCAUCUUUAUCAAAAUUGAUGAGACUGGAUCUGUCAUAUAAUCAACUGAAAACAUUGGAUUUAAAUACGCUUCCAUCAGAACUUCGAAAAUUGAAAAUCGCUGGCAUUGACAGCAACAAAUUCAACUGCUCAUAUCUCGAGGAGUUGAUUAAAUUGAUAACACCACAGCAUUUGGACGCCAUUUCAAAUCGCGUCAAUUGCAGCACAGGCAAUGAAGAAGAACUGGUCCAAAAUAAAUCAAAUAAAAGCACAACUGUGACUUCGAUCGAAGCGACGAUAAAAAAUGUGGUUUUUGAUAUCGCCACUGAGAGUGCAGAAAACAUUGACAAGAAACAAAUAACGGAAACAGUGCAAACGGAAAAGAAACUUCCGAUUCCGAAGGAUGUUGAGAACGGUACCAAUCAAGAACAUCAAACCGCCGUCAACCGAAUGCACAGCGACUUGAUUUUAGUUAAAAAAUACUUGCUCGUAAUGAUAUAUUUGGUGGCCAUUGGUUUCAGUUUGAUUGUGUUGUUUGCCGCUUGGAAGAUCUUUCAUUCGCGAAUUUUCAAAUCAUUCAAUGCCACCCAAGUUAUUUAUCGAAGAGAUGAAAUUGAUACGCCUAAUACAGUGGAGAACAACACCUAUCGAUACCAUUAAAUUUCACAAGAAGUAACCAAACAUGUGUUUUCCGAUGGCUGAGCAUCUCAGCAUUGCGUAAGCUACGGAUAUAUCCGAGCAUAUCGACGAUGCAUACUGUAUAAUACAGUGCCGUGUGUUGCUACGUGCAGCCGCAAUGACUCGACCGGAAUGUGUAUGUUGUUGCUGCGUGCAGCCACAUCAACUGAACACACUUCGGUCGAGUCGUUGCGUGUAGCAACACGCGCCACUGUAUUAUACAGUAUGCGUCGUUGAUAUGCUCGGAUAUAUCCGUAGCUUACGAAAUGCUGAGAUGCUCAGCCAUCGGAAAACACAUGUUUGGAAGUAACUCUUAUUACUCUAGAUGAAUGGUUUGAAAUUAUUUUGAAUACAAACUUUUUUUUAAAUUAGAUUUCGACUAGGGGGAUUUCUCACGAAAAAAAUGAAUGAAUUCUUAAAAAUUUUGAAAAUUUUCUUCAAUUCGGUCCGAUUCGAUCAAUUUUUGUCAAUUCGUGUAAAUAAAUGUACAUUUACACUGAACUUUUGAAUUAUGCUUCAAUGAAAUUGUUCUGGAAGUGGGUUUUGGUGGAUAUCAAGGAUCGUUCAGAACUUCUCCCGGUUCUGGAAGUGGAUCUUCAGGAUGGGCCAGGGCAAUGUCAAACCGGAUCUGGUCCAUCCUGAGGAUCCACCAAAACCCACUUCCAACUUCCAGAACACUUUUAUUCAAGCAAAUCGUCAUUUUAGUACAUUUUCAUACAAUUUCAAUAAAAAAAAAGAAAUAAUAGAAAUUUUUGCACAUUUGCUCAAACUUUUUGUGUGAGAAAUCCCCCUAGGAUUUCGAAACAUCGACGUUGUCACUAUUUAACAACUAAACGUAAUGCAGAGAAGCCUAAUCAAAUUAGUAAUGUAUGUACCUCCAAGUAAAAAGUAUAAAAACUUGAGAAUAAAUGAAAAAUUUGACGUUUUCUUUAUCUUCUUAGAAUAAUAUUAUUAGAGAGCUAUAUAGCUCUCAACACAAAAAUAUUGACAUGAAAUUAGUAAAUAGCAAUUUUAGAACAUCGCUCUCCCAAGAAAAAAAUAAUUUACAUUCCUAAAUGAAUUGUUUCUUGAUUUGAUUAUCUAGAUCAUUAAUUGCACUGUUUAUUAAGUAGACAUUCAGCUUAAA